AUGGAAUCGUGGAUGUGCUAAAGAGCUGCGAGAGGCUGUGUGUUGUUGGAAUUAUUCAGUUUGUCAAUUGUCAUCUGUCGCGUUUGCAGUUAAUUCAAAAAAACGACUUCACAUUUUAUGCAUUUCGCAACGCAAAGAUUGAAGGACGUCAAAGAUGAGCAAAUUAGAUAGUUUCAAGCGGUAUUACUCCGAAAGGAGUCCAUCUUUUGACGAGAUUGACUGCAUGGAUCCAGCUGCAUUUUACCAAGCCAAAAGACAAUGGGCAAGGGACAAGGCAAUUAAUGCUGAAAAAGUGAAGAUUUAUCGGGAGAGAAUGAGAGAUUGUUACCAAAGAGAGGAAGUUAACUUCCAGGAUAACUGCAAAAAGGAAAUCAACGACUAUUGGCAGGCAUUUCAGCUAUUCAAAAAAGAUGAUUGGGGCUAUACCGAUGGCGGAAAUGUGAAUGCAUACAAGCAAAGACACGAGAAGUUUAUUGAAAAAGCUGUCAGAGAACUGAAUUCUUGAGAACUUCAACAUUAAAUGGUAUUUUAUUUAUUUGAAUGAUUGAAUCUGAAGCUGAUAUCAAGUAUGAUUUUUCAAAUGUGUUAUAACUUUAAAACAUUAUAGAAUGGUUGGUUUGCAUUGUUUCUGUGAGGGUUGAGAUAAAAAAUUUUCAUUUCAAAUUUAGUGAAA